AUGUCGAAACUCUAUUCCGUAUUCCAUUCUAUGGCCAAUCGAAACAAACAAUCAAGUCCUUUCGAACUCAUGAUGAACGCCAAACGCGAAGAAAUACAAUCAAAAAGAUACAUUCCUGGAAAAGCAUCGGAUUUCUAUUUCUUGUGUCAUAAUGGAAAAAUCGAUUGCGUUCGUCAAAUUCUCGACGCUCCUGAUUCUCCAUCGAUUGAAACAUUAAAUGCUCUUCAACCGAAUGGUAAUACAGCACUUCAUGCAGCAGUAUUCUAUAAUCAUAUAGAGAUUGUCAAAAUUUUACUUGAACGAAAAUGCCCUCAAACGACAGUGAACCGUUUUGGAAACAUUGCAUAUGAUGAAGCGAAAACAACUGAAAUGCAACAACUAUUUAACAGACCAGAUACGUCAGAACGCUUUCAUGACACAAAUACAACACAUUCUCUAGAAAUGUAUGUUGUAUCGGAGCACUACGAUAACACCAAUACAAACGUUAAAUUCAAUUAUGUACGUGAAUUCCAAUCGGACGAUGAAAUUUCUGAACACUCGAUUAAUCAGCAAACAUUAGCGAUGUGGCUAAAAUUUUACACUUGGUUUACUAAAAAAUUUCGUAAUUAUCUUGAACGUGACGAAUAUCAUAUUGAUGCGUUUGAUUUAGACAAGCAUGCUGAUUUUCAAGCAUUUCUUCAGCAUAAUGUAUCCAAUUCGAAUAAUUAUAAAUUCACAAUGAACUUGAUAAGUGAGGCACAAAAUUCUAAUUCGCUCGAACCUCUUAUCAAAUUGUACACAAGCGAAGAAGCUAAGAUGUAUACAUCAUUGAAUAAACACUUAGCAAGUUCAUCAACCGAUUCUCACAUGGGCCCGCACUUGUGCGACUGA